UUUUCAUUCGAAACUUUAUUAUAAUAUUAAUCACCAAAUAAUCAAUUAUAUCUUGGAAUUUAAUUAAAACUGACUAUAUAAAGAAUCCGAUCUCUCUUCUCUUAUUCUCUCAUCACAUCACAGAAACAAUCGAGUUUAGGUCUCUCAUUCAAAACUCGUUUCGAUCUCAGGCAAAGCAAAAUGGCGGCGACAAGCGAGAAACAGAACGGAUCAAAGGCUCCUCCUUUGCCUUCUCCUCUCCGCAACUCCAAGUUUCUCCAGUCGAAUAUGAGGAUCUUGAUCUCGGGAGGAGCUGGCUUCAUCGGUUCUCAUUUGGUUGAUAAGCUCAUGGAGAACGAGAAGAAUGAGGUUGUUGUGGCUGAUAACUAUUUCACUGGCUCUAAAGAGAACCUCAAGAAGUGGAUUGGUCACCCCAGGUUUGAGCUUAUUCGUCACGAUGUUACGGAGCCUUUGUUGCUUGAGGUUGAUAGGAUCUACCAUCUUGCUUGUCCUGCCUCUCCUAUCUUCUACAAGUACAACCCCGUCAAGACAAUCAAGACCAAUGUGAUGGGUACAAUGAACAUGCUCGGUCUUGCCAAGCGUGUUGGAGCAAGGAUUCUGCUCACCUCAACCUCGGAAGUGUAUGGAGAUCCUCUCAUCCACCCUCAACCAGAGAGCUACUGGGGAAACGUCAACCCCAUUGGGGUUCGGAGUUGUUAUGACGAAGGCAAGCGUGUAGCUGAGACUUUGAUGUUUGACUACCACAGGCAACACGGCAUUGAAAUCCGCAUUGCUAGAAUCUUCAACACGUAUGGUCCUCGGAUGAACAUCGAUGACGGGCGUGUGGUGAGCAACUUCAUUGCUCAAGCACUCCGAGGUGAGGCAUUGACGGUUCAGAAACCGGGGACACAGACCCGCAGUUUCUGCUAUGUCUCCGACAUGGUUGAUGGACUUAUCCGUCUCAUGGAAGGGAAUGAUACUGGCCCUAUCAACAUCGGUAACCCAGGUGAAUUCACAAUGGUGGAACUGGCUGAAACGGUUAAGGAGCUUAUCAAUCCGAGCAUAGAGAUAAAGAUGGUGGAGAACACGCCGGACGAUCCAAGACAGAGGAAGCCGGACAUAAGUAAGGCUAAAGAAGUGUUGGGUUGGGAGCCAAAGGUGAAGCUCAGAGAAGGACUUCCUCUCAUGGAAGAAGAUUUCCGUCUAAGGCUUAACGUUCCAAAAAACUGAAAACGCAAACGCACUGGAGAACGCAGACGCGUUCUUUGAUUUGAGGAGUUUGUCAGUUUUUGAGUGAUAUGAUGCUUUACAAUAUUCUACAAAGUGGUGUUUUGGUUUUGGUUUCAUGUGUUUUUUAUUGAUCUUUGCUUCUGUUCGUAGAGAAAUAAGUUGGGAUAUGUUUUUUUUUUUUUUGUUUAAUUGAGGAACGACUCUUUUCUGUUUUUGAUUUCAAUAUUAUUAAAUAUAAUAAAAUAAAUGUAUAAUAUACUCUUUUGGUUUAA